AUGAUAACUGUGACUAAUCCAGCCUCAGACCUUUGUCAAAAAGAGAAUACACAUACAAAUUCCCUUCCUAGCACAACUAAAGAGAACGGACUGCUGGAACUGUCAUCCACUCCGAGCAAGAAAAGUCGGAAACAGUCUGAAAACCUUUCAAGAAGAAAUUCUUCCAGGCGAAGCAGGGAUAGUCACAUAUCUGAUGGAGGUAUACCUGAAGCCGUGACAUUGUUUGAAGUUGUCAGCAUUGGCAAAAGAGCAAUACAGUCUGUUGUAGAUGACUGGAUUGAAGCCUAUCAAGAGGAUAGGGAUGCAGCUUUACUUGACCUUAUUAACUUCUAUAUCCAGUGUUCAGGAUGCCAAGGAGUGGUCACAGCAGAACUGUUCCAAAAUCCAAAUAACAGAGAAAUUAUGCAGAAACUCACUGAAGAGUUUGAUGAGGAAACAGGCUUGCGGUUUAAGAAGUUCAUGGCAUUCCCAUGGAUUUUAACCAUCACUUGGCCAGUAAAUAUGGACAAUGAAGAUUAUCCUUUGAUCAGACAUGGAUCAUACUGGAAAAAAUUUCGAUCGAACUUCUGUGAAUUUACAUCAGUUUUGGUCCAACAGUGUCAGUACAGUGUGUUAUAUGAUGGUUAUCUGUUCAACACCAUCAUAUCACUACUCCUUGGACUGACAGAUUCAUGUGUUAGAGCAUUCCGGCACACCAGCACAUUGUCAGCUGUUAAGUUGCUGACUGCACUGAUAAAAGUUAUUCUAAAUCUGGAUAUUAGUAAAGAUAAUUCUGAGAGGCUGUACAUGUGUGGAGAAGAAACGUGUGUCUUUGAGGAGGACCAACCCAACACUUGAACAACUGGACAAGAAAAGGAAGAAGUUGCAACAAAAGCAUCAAGAAGUUGAAGACAUGAUGGAUGCAUUAUUUAAAGGAACUGUUUUGCAACGUUAUCGAGACGUGGUUCCGGAUAUUAGAGCUAUGUGCAUAGAAGAACUGGGAAUAUGGAUGAAAAUGUACCCUCCAACCUACCUGAAUGAUAGUUACUUGAAGUAUGUUGGGUGGAUGCUGUAUGAUAAGAUUCCAGAUGUACGCUUGAAAAGUCUUAUUGCUCUGCAGGGACUUUAUGAGAAAAAAGAUCUUGUUUCCAAAAUGGAUCUUUUCACUGCAAGGUUUAAGGAUCGCGUUGUAUCAAUGACUUUGGACAAAGAUCAGGAAGUGUCUGUUCAAGCAAUGAGGCUACUUGUUCACAUGUCAAAGUACAUAUUUUAUUUACUAUAUAUGUUUAGCAUUUGUGUAUUUUUACUACAGCUGUUCAUUGAUGAUGAUCCUUAG